ACAGCGGAGUCCGACGCCGGCAUCUUUGCCUCGAACUCUUUGCAGCGGAAGAAGAAGGGGCUGCUGCGCCCCGCGCACUACCGCGCCAAGCCUCACCUCCUCAUCGGCAUGCCCCAGGACUUCCGCCAGAUCUCCUCCAUCAUCGACGUGGACAUCCUGCCCGAGACCCACCGACGCGUGCGGCUCCACAAACACGACUCCGACAAGCCGAUGGGCUUCUACAUCCGCGACGGCGUCAGCGUGCGCGUGGCCCCGCAGGGCGUCGAGAAGGUGCCCGGCAUCUUCAUCUCCCGCCUGGUGAAGGGCGGCUUGGCCGAGAGCACGGGGCUGCUGGCGGUGAGCGACGAGAUCCUGGAGGUCAACGGCAUCGACGUGGCCGGCAAGUCCCUGGACCAGGUGGCGGAUAUGAUGGUGGCCGAAAGCCACGACCUCAUCAUCACCGUCAAGCCGGCCAACCAGCACAACGACGUCAUCCGCAGCAGCAAGGCCUCGGGCAGCUCGGGCAUGCCCACGGACAGCACCCCCAGCCAGCAGACCCCCAGCCCGGCCUCGAGGGACCUGAGCAACUACUGCACGGCCGAGAGCGACGAGGAGGGCGACCUGGUCAUGGAGAGCGACAGCGCGCCCCACUACAUCCCCGGCGGCUGCCCCAACG